AGACUCGCCAAGGCCCGGAGAACUAGAUAUUACGCGUGAAACCCUGACGAUGCCUGGCUAGAGACAUCGUGCGUGUCUUGCCUCUUCAAUGAUCUUUCUACAAUGGAACCUUCAAAGAAGAAAGUCGCAGUGAUCGGACUUGGUGCCUGUGGUAUUGUGUCCCUGAAGAACCUUGCCGAAGAGGGAUUUGAAGCGAUCGGAUUUGAGCGUAAUCCCUACAUUGGUGGUCUUUGGAAGUUUACCCGAGAGGACAAAACUUCUGUCUUGCCAACAACUAUUGUCAACAUCUCGAAAGAAAGAGGGUGUUUCACAGACUUUCCGUUUCCUGAUUCGACAACGAGCCAACCCUCGGCCGCAGAGGUAUCACAGUAUCUCGAAGACUAUGUCGAUCACUUCAAGUUACGAUCAAUGAUGCGCCUCAACACAACUGUCACUCAUGUAUUGCAUGAUGAUGCACUCAACAAAUGGAUCAUCGAAAUUUCUAAUUCUCCCAAAGAAAUCUUUGACAGGGUCAUCAUCGCGACGGGAAUGAACCAAACACCCAACUACCCGAGCGUCAAAGGAAUUGACCAGUUCAAGGGCGAGACGCUUCACUCCAAAACUUACAAAGGCCCAGAGAGCUUCGUGGGCAAGAAAGUGUUGGUUUUUGGCUUGGGAAACACCGGCGCUGACACCGCAACAUCACUUGUCGGUCACGCAAGCGAGAUCUAUGUUUCCCAUAGGGAAGGUGCUCUCAUUCUUCCUCGAACCACCAAAGGUCGUCCGAUAGAUCACACACUCAACAUUCGCUUUCUCACAUUCCAACGACUUCUUGAGCGGUUCUUACCCACUCUCUCUGAACGUCUUUUCAACGCCUUCGUUAAGAAGUUGCAGGAUUCUCCUUUCAAGAUCCGCCCUGAGUGGAGACUCUCACCAGCACCCUCGAUCAAAACCAGCACCCCUGUCGUCUCGGAUGAAAUCGUCCCAGCGCUUGAGAGUAGAGAGGUUAAGUCUGUACCGGAUGUAAGUAGGAUAAUCGGGCCGAACGAAGUUGAGUUGACGGAUGGAAGGCUUUUAGAGGUGGAUGCCAUUAUCUACUGCACUGGAUACAAGCCCAACUUCAGUCUGCUGGAUCACAAAGCUGAUCCAUCGGCGCAGACUACACCGAAGUGGACAGCGACCCAGGGAUCUAGGGGUAAACCGUUGCCUCGUUUGUAUCAAAAUGUUCUGUCACUUGAGUACCCAGACUCACUUGCAUUCAUGGGAUGCGUGGCAUUUGCAACUGGGGCUUUUGUUCUGUAUGACCUAGCAUCCAUGGCUGUGGUGCAGAUCUGGAAGGGAAACUCGGCUCUGCCACCCCGGCAUGAGAUGGAGCGGGCUGUUGACGAGCACCACGACUGGCUGUGUGAUCUUGCAAAGAGAGGUAAUGUUCACCCACAGCUUGUUAAUGGCCAUUCUUGGUCUGCAUGGGCGGACAAAAUGGCUGGAACUGGUGUCGACGAAUAUCUAGGGUGGGGUUGGAAGGGAUGGCGUUACUGGCUCAAGAACCGAUCUUUCUGCAACCUCCUGAUGGGUGGCAUCUAUAGUCCACACAUCUACCGGUACUUCGAUGGAAAGCGGCGUCGGUGGGAUCGAUCAAGGGAAGCGAUUGAAAAGAUGAACGACAAUGUUUCCAGAAAGAGGCCCAAAACCGAAUAGCACGGAGCCGCUCCUACUCAAUGUUAUUGUCUACUUUAGCUACCUACGCCAACGUCAAAUGGUGUCCUGUAAGCCAUCGGCGUCUCGGCCCCCGAAUCGGGUCAUUGAUCCUGUCAUCGGGGCGAAACGAUCACUAGGCCUUAUUCAUGAAUCAUGCCGUCUGGUCUAUCAAGAAGCUGCCUCGGCGCUAGGUGCAGUGACUCCUGUUGCAAGUCCAUUCGCGGCUAGGAUACGCAGCGCGGCCGCUCCGCCAGUCCAGUACACUUCAGUGGUGGUACCCAAUGCUACGAAUGGAGCGGUAUGCUUGUCGGCAAACCAGAUGCCUUGCUGGGAAAGACCGGCUCUCAUUGCUCGCACGUCAAUAUCUAAAUCAAUUUGUUAGCUUCUGUCUACCCUAGUAUCGUUCUAUUCCUUUGUAAUGAUUAGCAAAGGGGUAUCAUCAUCCGA